CAUCUUUGGCAAAUGCGUGAAAUGUGAUUACUUACGGUGUGAUCUGUGACAGGCUUUUGCAUGUUAUUCUUGAAUGAGUAAAGAUAUUUUCCUGUAUGAAACUGAUUGCUUAUUGCAAGUUUAAGACUAUAAUUUUAUUUUUGUAGUAGUGUAGCCAACUUGAAAAGAGUUUUACAGUUUUAAGUUCGAAAUAACCCAAGAAGGAUGCAGUUUUAGUCAACAUUGUGAAGAUGUCUUCAUUAUUAGUGUUACAAGUUUAGAAUCAUCUAAUAUUUGUGCCUCAUAAUUUUCUUAAGAUCUGGUUAUUAGAUGUAUAGAAAUAAUGCCUACAGCAUCCGGGCCUGGACCAGGUAGCAAUGGUGUUAACACUCAUUUCAUCAAUAAUGAGGCAUGUGGUAUACGUGAUGUGUGGGCAAACAACAUGGAAGAUGAGUUCAAAAUAAUACGGCAGAUUGUCCAAAAGUAUAAUUAUAUUGCAAUGGAUACAGAAUUUCCUGGUGUUGUAGCGCGACCUAUAGGAGAAUUUCGUAGCACGGCUGAUUACCAGUAUCAACUAUUAAGGUGUAAUGUUGAUUUAUUGAAGAUCAUUCAACUAGGUUUGACAUUUUUAGAUGAAAAUGGGAAAUCUCCUCCUGGUUUUACUACUUGGCAGUUCAACUUUAAGUUUAAUCUCACGGAAGACAUGUAUGCCCAAGAUUCCAUUGAUCUUCUUACAAGUUCAGGAAUUCAGUUUAAAAAACAUGAUGAAGAAGGUAUUGAUCCUUAUCAGUUUGCUGAAUUGCUGAUGACUUCUGGUGUUGUUCUUAUUGAAAAUAUAAAAUGGAUCUCUUUUCAUAGUGGCUAUGAUUUUGGGUACUUGCUGAAAUUAUUGACUGACCAAAAUUUACCUGCUGAAGAAUCAGAGUUUUUUGAAUUAUUAAGGAUCUAUUUCCCAACAAUCUAUGAUGUGAAAUAUUUAAUGAAAAGCUGUAAGAAUCUUAAAGGUGGCUUACAAGAAGUAGCAGAACAACUAGAUCUUGAAAGGAUUGGUCCACAGCAUCAAGCAGGAAGUGACAGUUUACUAACAGGAGCGACAUUUUUUAAAAUGAGAGAGAUGUUCUUUGAGGAUAACAUUGACGAUGCCAAGUACUGUGGACAUUUAUAUGGACUUGGAACUUCAUAUGUUAUGAAUGGCAAUGCUACUCUUGAAGAAGCAUCUCCUAUACCUACAACAUCUGCUUCUUGACAAUUGUUAAUUUAAAUUUCGACAUGUUCAUCAACAACAUCUAGGUCGAAGCAUCGUGACAUGGUUUUAAUUCCAGAAUUGUGAUGGCAAUGCAUAAAAACUUUUGUUAUUCUUUUAAAAAUGUGUGCUUAGAUAUAAGAACUGUAAAGCCCAUUAUUGGACUUUUUUUACAGGAAUUCUGAUGUACACACAAACACAUAUAUAUAUAUAUUUUGUAAUAAUUAAAAUGUGACAUUGUGAUCAUUCAUUCAAGUAUGCUAUUGUGGAGUAAUUUUUUGAGCAUUUAUUCUUAUGUUGUAUCAUCAAUACUUUUUUAAGAAGCAGUUAAAAUGAUUUUUGUUUUUAUUUUAUGCCCUGCCAAUUUUAUACAUUAUUCUUUUUUAAAACCAUAUUUGAAUAAAAUGGACAAAUAUUUCGAAA